AGCGGGUUUGGGUGGGACUUCCGGCUAGGGGCUUUGGAGGGAACUUUAACCAAAACAAUAACGCAUAUUAAAAAAAUAGUUUUUCAUAGCUUGUAUUGAUUUAUUCAUUUAUAAAUGUGAUUCUAUUUCACCAUUUAAGAUAGUGCCGGGAUAUUUAAGGAUGUGCAUUUGUGUAACUGAAUUUAAAAUGCUAAUUCAGACAUUAACCCAAACAUUUCCAUUUGCGAGUGCGUUAUUUCCUUAGGCUAAAGCUUCGUUCGGAGCUCUCUCGUAGCUCGUUGUUAGAUAACUCGGAAAAUGUCUGUGCUAACAUAGUUUCAUUUAUAUGCAAACUAAUUUGGUGAUGGAUCGUUUUAGGAAGAAUUUGGCCAGCCAGCUUUGUGAUGCAGUGAACGACGGGAAUCCCAGGUCUGUGCAGCUGCUUCUUUCAAAAGGGGCCAGUCCUGACUUGGUGUGUAGCAAAGGGGUAGCUGCAAUACACUUGGCUGUGGGUAAAGAGACAGAGAAGAACAUACGUUGCUUAAAAAUGUUGCUGCAACGUGGAGCUGAUCCUAAUGUCAGAUCAUCCGAAGGCCUGACUCCUCUACACAUCGCUGCACUGUGGGGGUGCUAUCAAAAUGUCAAGCUACUAUUAAUAAAUGGAGGAAAUCCAAAUAUUAAAGAUAAUGAUGGGAAUACACCUGGGCAACUUGCAGAGCAACAAGAAAACCAACGAUGUGCACAAGUUCUUCAGGAAUACCAGGCCAGCACAACGGACACUGAGGAGGAGGACUUCCCUCAGUUCAAAUACUCUUUAUAUUCAGAUCAGACCGACACGUCUGGCUAUCCUGAGUCAGAAUACAGUUUUUCUUCCCAAGCAUCUGUGACAUGUGACUUUGGUGAUGCCCCAUGGAGCAGCACUAGACUAUCGUCGUUUUACAACUUCCCUAACACUUCUGGAAGACCAAGUUGCAGAGAAUUGUCUUUUGACGGCUUCUCUGGCGCUUGCGUUCUUUCAAGCACUCGGAUGUCGGCUGUAGCGCCUUCAGCUCCAACACCAGUCUUCGACGAGGAUGCUUUAUGUACAGAUAAAGAACAAUUCCCAACUAAAGGAAGCAAGCAACAUUCUGCAGUGGAUGGCGCGCGCUCUCCCACCAGACAAACAGUUCGGAAAAGUGUAAGCUUUAGGGAUAUUGAUGAGUAUUGUCCUGUUUUCAGUCCUGAACGUGUUGAACACAGUUCUGCUGAAGGCAGGCAAUCCUCCAGCACGUUACCUUUUAGCAUAACUGAAUACUCUGAGUUUUUAGACUCAGAACGUGCAGCCACCAUUUUACCCCAGCAAGGCAUUGACGUCACAUCACCAGAUCACGUUUAUGUUUUCUGCAGAGAAAGCAGCGAGAGCACAGAAGAGGAAAUGGAAAAAACAGUCAUAAAUCCUUAUGCUUUAGAUGUGAGCGAGGAUGAACAGGAUGCACAAAAAAUACAAGAGCCUCAGGCGAAAGCAUUAAAACAGCAGGGACAGUCUGGUGCUGGCAGCAGCAGUGGAACCAGUAGCAGUCAUUAUAGUAGCUGUGAUAGUGACCAUUACACCAGUGCUCUGGAUGCUUCUGUGAAUCCAAAACAGGAGGCUGACAUGGCACCUGAAGAUUCAAAUGAUAAAAAGAUGAGGCAAAAUCCUCCUUCAGGUGUUCCAACACAACUUGAGACGGAUUCAAAUCCUAAAACCGUAGAGCCCCGACCAGAUCUGGUAAAACAAACAGAUGAACCAAACAGUGAUGCACCGGAUGGACCUCUGUCCGACACUCACAUCAAGGCAGACACCGCCAAGCCGGUGGAAAACACUAGAUCGGAAGCAGCUGCCGGAUUAGAGGGAAAUGACACCUUUUCUUUUACCCCAAGUCCUUUUGUGACAGGCAGGACACGUUCAAGGUUGAGCCGCUGUUCAAUGAGAACCAGCAACAACCCGGAGAGUCUUCUCGCCACAUCUUCUCUGUUUGAGGAUACUCUGCCUACACCAGUACGAACUCCUCGCCAAACAGCCAGGUCUCAGAACGGCGAAUGUCCUUACAGCUCACCCCACACACCCUACUCUACACCGUCCUGCUUAGAGAGUUGUCAACAAGAAAACGAUUUACCCAUGGGUAGCUUGGACUCACAAUCUAGCACUCAAUCUAGUCUCAGUAAAAGCCAAGCUGAUACUCUCAUUCUGUCGAGAGGUGAUAAGUCACAGUCUCUGGAUGACACAGUCAUUCUAGAACAUAAUCGCGAUAACUCACUCGAUGCCUAUGAAAAAAAUCUGGCUGAGAUUAUUCUUGCCAUUCGAAGGCAGAACUUGGAUAAUUCUGAGGGUAAAGAGUUUCUAACUGAUGAUUUGACUAGUGCUGAUGAAGAAACUACAAAAGGAAAUGGUGCCUCAUGUAGGGAGCAGGUAGACUGUGUCAUAAACAAAGACAGCUGGAUUACUGAAAGCAGCAGCACUCAGUCAGACACUGCUUCAUCUUCAUCCACUUCCAGCUGUUUUUCUCCACGGAGAUCACGGGAGGACUCUGAUCUCCCUUGUACUCCAGGUACAGGAUGCACACCAAGGUACAGCAUGAGCAGACUUUCAAACAGCCGCCGGUCAGAGCGCUUAGCUGAUUUAUCCUACACCCCGGGCGGGCGCCCUCUCAUUCAAGACCUGGACGAACCAGUGGAAUACCUUUACACGGACACAGAAGAGGGUCACAGAUUGAUCGAGACACACAUCCCGCCUACAGCAGACACAUCGAUCAGCUCCAGUAUGAGCACCACCAGCAGUGAGGAGACCAUUCUGUACGACUGGCGAUCCUUGCACUCUGAAGCAAAGGCCAACAAAGAAAAGGAGAAUGUGCAGCCCAAGACAGAAGUACAGAAGAAGGAGAAUGGUGACUCUAAGGACAGUUUGUUACCAGAAAUCAAAGGAAUUACUGACAAGGAGCUGCGACUGAGGCUUGUGGAGAUGGGGGAGAGUCCCGGUCCAAUCAGCAGUCGGACAAGGCCCACCUACAUGCAGAGACUGUGUCGCCUAUUGCAAGAAUCGAAGUCACCGCAUCCCCAGAAGCAGUCAGAGAAACAAACGGUGAACUCGAGCUUCAGUCCUGAACUGCGUGUCGUGCUACACACCUUCAAGUUGCCUGAUUGCCAAGCUGAUGAACAGGCUUUGUGGGAGCAGUUUGACCAGCCCGAUCAGAACAGGAAGUGGAGGGAGGGGAUUAUUAAAUCAAGCUUCAACUACCUUCUCCUUGAUCCAAGAGUUACCAAAAACCUCCCCUUCCGCAGUCACACCAUGACUCCUCAGGAGUGCUUCCAGACUUUCAUCCAUUCUAUAUUUUACGUGGGCAAAGGAAAACGCUCGCGUCCUUACAGCCACCUUUACGAGGCUUUAGAGUACUAUAAAGGAGAGAAGACUUGCAAGACUCUCUGCCCCAAAGUUCAGCAAAUCCUCCAGGUGUGGAACGCUGGCCAGGGAGUCAUCUCCCUCCAUUGUUUCCAGAACGUCAUUCCAGUGGAAGCUUACACAAGAGAAGCCUGCAUGGUGGAGGCCAUUGGUUUAAAAAUGCUCACCAACCAGAAACGCGGGGAUUUCUAUGGUGUUAUGUCUAACUGGCAGAUGAAAAGGAAGCGGGAACUCGGCAUCCACCUGUUAUAUCGCGCCAUGCAGAUCUUUCUGGCUGAGGGGGAAAGACAGCUCAGACCUGCUGAUAUCAGGCAGUAAAAACCACCAGCGGAGGGAUGUGUGAGCAGCUGCGAGGCACCCAUACAUUGAGACAAAAAAACCCGACUGACAUUAGAGUAGAAAGCAGUCUUUUAUUGCUCUGAUGGGAUUUGGUGUUUAUAACAUCAGGAACUUAUAAACUUUUCACUGGAAUUUUUCACAUUUUCUUUUAGUAAAAGUCUAGAAACGUAAAAUGUUUAAAUUAGGGUUUUGUAAAUGUUUUUGAUAUAUUUUUAUAUAGAUGCAACAAAUUGACCAGAAAGUUAUUGAUUUUAAACAAUUUUGGAUUUCAUAUAUUUUUUUUACUGGUCUAUCCUUAAAAACAGACUGUGAUUUAACAUUUCUUAAAAGUAUUUAGGCUUUCUACAUGGGAUCAUUUUUUUUAAUCUUUUAGAGCUUAUGAAUUUCACUGGAUUUAUUGCUUUCAUUUUGUAAAUAUAUUAUGUACUUCUCUGUAGCCCCCAACCUAAAUCCAAAAAUUAGAUCAUUGACACUCUUGAAUUUGACCUUGUAAAGUAGUUUAUUAUAUUUCUUUUGAGUAAAUAAAAUCAUCUCCGUCUUUGCCAAAAAAUAAAAAUGGGACAGAGAAAAAAAAACAAAAAACACCUGCACUUCGUUAGAUUAGCAUAAUGUUUUUAAAAAGAAUAAAUGUAUUUGUUUCAAGCUUGAUAGCCUUAACAGAAUUCAAUUUAGAGUAAUCUUGUUGAAUUAUCUUUAUAACAAUGAUUUCCAUUUAUUUAAUUUUUUUAAUUAAAAUGACAUAAAAGAAAGUUUUGCAUCAUCUGAAGAAAUGAGUUUUUUUUGUUAUUGAUUGGUUAUUACAGUUUUUCUCAGUGCUUUGUGUAAAAUAUAAAGCAUUUUGCAUAUGUAUUAUGCCUUUUAGCACUAAUUUUUUGUACUUAGUAGCCCCAUUUAGAUAAUUUCUCAUUAACUGUACCUGAUCAGUAACUGUAUUUCCAAUUGGUGUCACUUCAGGGUUUUGUAAUUGAUAAGCUGUCUAGUAGUUUUACAUCUAUGGCAAAUAAACCUAGGAAUAGCAGAUGGAUUUUUAAAAAUGUAUUUAUAAAACAUGUUUUUCCAGUUUUAGCAUUAAACGUAUGUAAUAAAUCACUGGAGUGACACAUUUGA